AUGCUCCCCCGGCGCAGGCCUACCACGCUUCGCGCCUGCGGCGUUUUCGCCAGACGGUCUUUGCCAGUAGUGCCAUCCUCCCCGCUGGCUGUAUGGGCGGGUUGUCCCUCGCUGCUGCGUUCUUUGUUGCUAUGGAUUAAAGGAACAAAUGUAGUUGAAUGGAACAGCAGGCGGGUUACACGUUCCACUGUGCCGAGAUGUGAGGUGCAGGUGGUGAUGAUCACCCCGGGGUAUGCGCUAGCGCCCUUGACAGGCACUCCAGAACCCGCCAACGCUCGUGAAAACCCGGGUCGGUCGGUCCUCCAUUCAUCCGACCGGAGGUAUGGAUAA